CUGAUAAAUUCAUACGCGAAUGGAAACUUAUAGGUAUAAAGAGGAGCAACAAGGUCUCAUAAUAAGGACGCUCUUACAUAUUAUUCAUUUGGCACUUAUCAAUCUUACAAUUAAUUGUUGGUAACCCUUCAAAAUGCAAAAUCUUCCUAUUUAUGCCUUCGGAUUGUGUGCAGUAUUAAUUACUGCAAGUGGAAUCCAACUUCCCCGUGACCCUGUUCACUUUAAUGACGAUGGCACUUUCAAGAUUGUGACGUUUACAGACUUGCAUUAUGGAGAAGGCCCAGGAACUGAACAGGGCCCUGCAAACGACCUGAAAUCCACUAAAGUCAUGACUGACAUUCUUCGAUGGGAACACCCGGAUUUUGUGGUCUAUACUGGAGACCUUAUGUCGGCGGAGGUCAUGUUUCCUAAUGGGUCUGUUUAUGUGGAUAUGCUGCUCAAACCCGUUGUCGAUGGCGGUUAUCGUUGGGCGUCUACGUAUGGGAACCACGACAUUGGAAAUAAUGUGACGAGGGAGGAAAUUCUUGAAACUGAGCAGAAAUAUAAUUUGUCCUACACCCAACACGGCGUUGAUGGAGUUGAAGGCACAACGAAUUAUUUUGUGCCAAUCUAUCCCCCCAAAAAUGUAUCCAAUCCGUCUGAAGCGCCGUCACUGAUUUUAUGGUUUUUCGACACAAGAGGAGGUCGAAACUCAUCUGGGGGCAUUCCCGCAUACGUGCACGAAACUGCGGUGGAGUGGUUUGUACAAGAGCUUGCAAGUAUGAACGCUACUUGGGGACCCAUUCCUGCUCUCGCGUUUUUCCAUUAUCCAACAGCUGAGUAUAGUCCAAUUCACGACGAAAUUGAUCAACGUCCAGAAUGUCCUGGGCAGCAUGACGAUAUUGUGACACCUCAGGAGCGAGAUACUGGCUUCAUGCAGGCGCUUGUUAAUUCCGGCACUGUAAAGUCUGCAUUCGUUGGACACAAUCACGGAAACGGUUGGUGCUGCUAUUAUCAGUCGGUGGAUUUGUGCUACAAUCGGCAAUCUGGGCAUGGUGGGGGCUGGGUUGGUUGGACUCGAGGAUCUCGAGUAAUUACCUUGAACCACGCAACACUUUGGGGUCAGACCAACAGCUAUAUCAGACUUGAAAACGGAACAUUUACCGACUUUUUUCCUGUCAGAAACUUCACGCAACUGAAUUAAUUAGUAAAUUGUUGUAUAUGUAAUAUAAUUAUACAAAAAUUGGAAUAAAUCAUCGAAACAAUUCAA